AUUCCAUCGACUAGAGUCGGACGAAAAAAAUACCGGGAGAGACUGUCUGCCCGAUUCGAUAUAUACUGAAUACCCGUUUACCUUUAUAGUACCGUCAACGUCAUCUGAACCCUAAUUAGGGCUUUCCCCCCAAAUCUAACCAUCAAAUGGAGAAAUUAAAUGAUCAAGACACAAAAUUUCCGUUCUCUAGAACCGGUUCGUUCAAUUACAGCCAAUUAGAAACCACCGAGUCACCUCGUUCAUGGAACGGCGAGUUCGGACUCGGCGGCGUCACCGAUCGCCGAUUCGCUUUCUCUCGCCAAGCUUCUUUUCUCCACUCUCCAUCAUUCGAUUCGCCUCGCACACCUGUAUCUAUUAUCCCCAACGAUUCCGUUAGAAAGCCUUUCAUUUCUCGAACCGUUUCGAGUAUCGAUAUACCUGCUGUUGAUUACUUGCAAGAUGGAAUUGAUAGUAUUUGGACUGAGGAUAAGUUGAUUUCUGUGAAUUCGGUGGAUAAAGUGUCGAUUUUAGGUUUUUUGUUGUCGAUUUUACGGGCUGGGAGGUCGGGUAAUCGGCCUAUGAAGAGGCUGUUUGUGUUGAUUUCGCUGAAUGUGGCGUAUUCGACUGCUGAGUUGUGCAUCGGCCUUGUUACUGGUCGUUUUGGUUUAGUUUCGGAUGCAUUUCAUUUGACGUUUGGUUGUGGAUUAUUAACUUUCUCUUUGUUUGCAAUGGAUGCUUCUCGGAAGAAGCCUGAUCAUGUCUACACUUACGGGUACAAACGGCUAGAAGUAUUGUCGGCUUUUACUAAUGCUCUGUUUCUUCUAUUUAUGUCAUUCUCCUUGGCUGUUGAAGCACUUCAUGCCUUCAUACAAGAUGAGUCAGAGCACAAGCACUACCUGAUUAUAUCAGCGGUUACAAAUCUGUUGGUCAAUCUUAUUGGGGUUUGGUUCUUUCGAAAUUAUGCUCGUGUAAAUCUUGCCUACAGAAAUGCAGAAGAUAUGAAUCAUCAUUCAGUUUGCCUGCAUGUUCUUGCCGAUUCCAUUAGAAGUGCAGGUGUCAUCUUAGCUUCCUUCUUGUUGACCCUUGGGGUUGAAAAUGCUGAAGUGUUGUGUUUGGGACUAGUUGCAGUUAUGGUAUUUAUGCUAGUUAUGCCACUUUUCAGAGUUAGUGGUGGUGUCUUGCUUCAAAUGGCACCUCCCAGCAUACCAGCGUCAGCCUUAGGUAAAUGCCUGAGACAGGUCAAUUCUCGUGAAGAUGUUGUGGAAGUUUCUCAGGCUCGCUUCUGGGAGUUGGUGCCAGGCCAUGUUGUUGGUUCGCUCUCAGUCCAGGUGAAGAAAGGUACAGAUGAACGGGCAAUUCUGGAAUAUGUGCAUCACUUGUACCACGAUUUAGGUGUUCAGGACCUGACAGUUCAAACUGAUUUUGCCUGAGAUAAGAGGAAACUGGGAUUAUAUAUUUUUUUCCCAACCUUUUUUUGUGAAAUUGGAAUCUCUCAAUAUAGAAAACAUCAUGAUAUAAAUAUAUAAUUACAAAAAUGGAAUGAAGUAACUACCUGAUAAUGGAUGUGACCAUGUAAAUAUACGCAUAUAUUUCCUGUGCAUUUUAUAUGUCGUUUACUAACUUAAAUUUAUCUUAUAUGUUUGUUUAGCCUA